GACGUAUUAAAACCGCGACAAUUGUUGACUUCAGAACUCUCCUAGUCCUCCGACGCAACGCUCUAAAGUACAUUUGGCUGAACGGUAGUCACGCCGAACUACAUUUUGAUUUUGAUUUGGAAGUUCCCGUGAGGUGGAAGCUUCUGCACGAUGUUCCUCGUCAUCCUGUUCGGCUAUUUGACGCUGGCCUCUGGUCAGCAGCAGGAUGAGGACUGGAUUGACCCGUAUGAUUUGCUCAACUACGACUCUAGCACUAAAACCAUGAGGAAGCCCACUGAGGUUGACAGGUAUGAUAUACUGACAUGACAAAAAUGCAAAUGAAACACGAUGGCGUAGUUGUUGAAAUACAUUUAUUUAACCACGUUCGUUGUAGAAGCCGGCAAGGGAUUUAAACGUCCCAACCUCUCGAAGAGGGCACAUCGACUGUAACCAAGCUGAGCUGAUCGUCUGCAAAGAACGGCUGUCUGAUUUACAAACUCAGGUUGAAGCCCAAAAGAAGAGUAUGAAGCAUAUCCCACAGCAGGUCACAUGCAAUCCUGUUUUUAAAAGAUUCCUGAGCAGACUCCUGAAGGACACGCAAAGAAUUGAAGUGCCCAAAGACCCUGCAAACUAUGAUGCCACCAUCCGACUGUCCAGACAAGCCGUGGCAGAGAUUCAGACCUUUCUCGAUGAUGAAGAAGGCUGUAGAACAGGCGCUCUGGACAACGCCGUCAGUCAGAUACUGGUGGACCUUCGACCACAUGACUACGAGGCCUGGAGAUGGCGCUUUGAAGACACCUUUGGCGUAGAGCCGGACACACUUUUAAAGCUGGCUCUGUGUACUUCGGUCUUCGUGGUCAUUAUCUGCACUGAGCUGUGGUGUGCCAUCUCCUGGCUAGUUCAGUUUAAACGGCUGUUUACCAUCUGCUUCUUCGUCAGUAUUGUUUGGAACUGGUUGUAUCUGUAUCAGACUGCUUUUGCUGAGCACCAAAACAACAUUGUGAAGAUGAACAGCAUCAACGAAAAAUGCAUUGGAGUGAAGACGAUUGACUGGCGCGAUAGUUUGAAAGAGUGGUUCAGGAGCACAUGGACUCUACAGGAUGAUCCCUGCAAGAGAUACUAUGAAGUCCUCAUGGUCAACCCUAUUCUGCUGGUACCUCCCACCAAGGCAAUCUCCGUUACAAUCACGACCCUCAUCACAGAGCCACUGAAGCAUGUCGGCCUGGGGAUCAGCGAGUUUCUCAGAGCGCUCCUCAAAGACCUCCCAAUCACUCUCCAGAUCCCCGUACUCCUCACGAUCGUGCUCGCCAUUGUGGUAUUCAUGUAUGGAAGUGUGCAGGCAGUUUUCCAGUACGGCAUCACUGCACCUCUACGCCGCCAUAGAAGGGAUCCGACACUUCCACCACCGGAGCAGCCUCGUCUCCAAGAAAUUGAGGACCGUGGCCACAUGGAACGAGGGGACAUGCCGGAGCCUCGUCGACGGCGCAGUUUCGAGGAGGCCCGAUCGCACGGGGAUCAGUUGUGCCGCUCGCGGCCAAACAAAGCCAGAGAAGAGCCGGCUCGGAUGUUUGUGGAGACCUUGCGCACCGCAGCUUCUUCCCACACGGAGCACGAGUUAGACGGGAAACGACCCGUGAGGCGCGUCGAGGUCGGGCAGGGGGACGAGCCUGACCUUCAGUCGGACUCUGACAGCCAUGCAGAGGCAGAGGCGGACCAAAGAGGCGGCAUUGAUGUGAUAUCCCAGCUUGAUGCCAAAACUAAAACAAAAGCCAGUGACUGCGACUCCUCUCUGUCAAAACACCCUAAAGACGGCAACGGCAGAGAGAAGACGACAUUUGGACUCCCACAGCCGCAGCCUAAAAAGGAUGUGCAGGACUUGAAGGCCUCCGCUGGAAACUCGAUGCCCUCUGACUCUCUGAAAAAUGUGGAAACAGUUGGCAGCCCCGUUCAGGAAACAUUACAAUGAAACGGCGCACAGAGCUUGUGGCUUCACCGCUGACGUCACAGUGCCAAAAAUAUGUCAUCUCGGCAGAGUUGAGGGCUGAGCAUUGCAUCUCUAGCCCAUAACAGAUCUUCACUUUUAGACUAAUUAGUCUCUAAGUAGAGACGUCAAUCAUACAGUAUGAACUGUAUGAAUAUGAUCAUUGACAGCAGACGACCAACACUUAUGUACAUUAAGCACCUUCAGUGGUUGCUGAUGUAGGACAUGUUAGUGACGGCAAUUUCCAAGCGAAAUUAAGGUUGUCGAGGAAUGUUGCUACUUCUUUUUUUUACUUGAAUUUUUUUUCCCCAAGAUUUUAGAAUCACUGUAUUUUGAGAGCGUUCAAGACAUAUGUUUCCUUUUCUUGUAUACAUAUCUGGGUUCAAACAUGCAGAGUCUACAAGUACAGUUCUGAGAAAACACCCCUGCAAGUCAAGAAACUCUUGAUGCCACGCGAAGGUUAAUUUAAAGUUAAUCUCUAUUGUCACCAUGUAACUCUGUCACAAGGCAGCAUCUCACAAGACCUACAGUUAAUUUAACCAGGUACUUGAAAUCACAGGUGAUCAGGCACUGUCAUCGUAAGAGGACACAUGGACAACCCAAAAAAAUUAAGAUUGGAAUUCGUGCUCCUACCUGAGGAAACACGCCGCAACAUGCAGUGCCACGCCCUCCACCUUUAUUGAUUGACGUGUUCAUCGCACUGCAAGUGUUUAAGAACAUCAAACUCGUUCAUUUCACAAAGACAAGUUGGGCACAAUGAAGUCAAUAUAAAAUGCAGUUUUGAAAUGCUGGAUUCUUUUAUUCUUGGCAAUUGCCUCCAAAUCCUAAUUACUGGUUGUACUUGUGCCACCUUUGGCAGCAAUAACUGACCUCAAGUGUUUGCAUUGAUGACAGAAGAAUGGCAUUCAAAUCUGGUCUUUGAGGUGGUAACUCUAAAGCCUUAUUUUUAAGCAGUUCAGAGGUGCACUUGCUAGUGUAUUUUGUGUCGUUAUUCUGUUCUUUGUCUCAGAUGUAAUUGACCACCCAUAUUUCUUUGAGUUUAACUUCUCUUGUCAGUCCAAAGCAGAGAUGGAUAGUGCGUCUGCUACCUGGAGCUUCACUGGGACUUAGUUCACCUCUGAAGACAAUAUUACUCAAUGAUUGUGGCUAAUGCUGCUUUACUGUUUGUUUUAAUUUAUUUUUUUUAACUAUUGGGCAUUAAAUUGUCUUGAGACGUG